GGCCGGUAGAGGGUCCUGACCGGCCGCUAGGGGGGCCAAGGCGGAAGUGCUAACUCCUUUCCGCCGAAAACCCGGCGCUUGAUCCACGAGUGUUGGUCCUUUCUAUUUCUUCGUUGGAAUAAACAACCACCGAAUACGGAGUAAAGGGACUUCAAUCAUGAAACCCAUCCUGCUGCAGGGGCACGAGCGCUCCAUCACUCAGAUCAAGUACAACCGGGAAGGAGACCUGCUCUUCUCCGUGGCCAAGGACACGGUUGUGAACGCGUGGUACUCCGUCAACGGCGAGCGACUGGGGACCUACAAUGGGCACACUGGAGCCGUGUGGUGUGUGGACUGUGACUGGGACACCAAGAACGUGUUGACGGGGUCUGCAGACAACAGCUGUCGACUGUGGGACUGUGAAACAGGUAAACAGCUGGCCCUGCUUGAGACCAGCUCUGCCGUCAGGACCUGUGGCUUCGACUUCAGCGGCAACAUCAUCAUGUUCUCCACGGACAAGCAGAUGGGCUACCAGUGCUUCCUCAACUUCUUCGACCUGAGGGAUCCCCAGCAAAUAAAGGACAACCAGCCCUACAUGACGGUGCCCUGCAGCGAGUCCAAGAUCACCAGCGCCGUGUGGGGGCCCCUGGGCGAUUACGUCAUCGCCGGACACGAGAGCGGAGAGAUGAACCAGUUCAGCGCCAAGUCCGGGGAGGUCCUGAAGAAGAUCAAGGAGCACACCAAGCAGAUCAACGACAUGCAGAGCUCCGUGGACCUCACCAUGGUGAUCAGCGCCUCCAAGGACAACACUGCCAAGCUGUUUGACUCCACAACUCUGGAUCACAUCAAGACCUUCAAAACAGAGAGACCCGUUAACUCUGCGGCCAUUUCGCCCAUCAUGGACCACGUGGUGAUGGGAGGUGGACAGGAGGCCAUGGAGGUCACCACCACAUCUACCAGGAUCGGCAAGUUUGAGGCCAGGUUCUUCCAUGCUGCUUAUGAAGAGGAGUUCGGCAGAGUCAAGGGUCACUUCGGCCCCAUCAACUGUGUGGCCUUCCACCCGGAUGGAAAGAGCUACAGCAGCGGGGGAGAGGACGGCUACGUGAGGAUUCACUACUUCGACCCACAUUACUUUGACUUUGAGCUGGAGGCCUAACCACAAAGGACUACCAACCGACCAGGGCCCCUACCCUAAUGAACUGUCACGUCUACGGGCGCCAGCGGGGCCUUCGCAUGGAUGAAGGGUUGUGACCCAGAAGACCGUUUAUUUCAUCCCUGGAGUUUUUGUAUUGUUAAUCUGCAGUGGUUUUGCCAUCUAACUUGACUCCUGCAUUAAACCUGAUUAAAUUCCA